CUGCUGUUGUUUCAUGAUCGUUGUUUUCCUGCGCUUCAUCAUUCAUUCGUUCGUGAUUCUUUUCUUCGAUCGGACCGCCGCGGAGAUCCCGUCCGUCUCUCGGUCUCGUUUCAUAUAUCGAAUCGAACAGAAGAACAGUGAACUUUUUGUCGCGCAGCCAUCGCCUUCGUUGUCGUGGUCGUUUUUCCGUCGCCGCGGAGUGUUCCAUAUUAUUUUCCUCUGUCCAGCAGAAAAAAGAUUGUUCAACUACUGGUAAUCCCAAAACAUGGCGACAAAAUUAUUGUGCUGCUGCUGCUGGAAGAAGCAGUGUUCGUGCUAGGAAGGGAAAAGAACCAACAGAAAAUCGGUGAAAAAUCGGUAUCGGUUUCGGGGCGUUGUUUUUUCCGCUUCCGCUGGCUGGAAGAAAAAGCGGUUCGUCGUUUUCCCGGAACGGGAUUUUCACGGGGUGCGACCGCGGAUCGAAGGAGGCGCAGACGGGAUUCGAUUUUUCGGAAAACGAAAAAGUGCAAGUUUUUGGGUGAAGGGAGAAGAAGAAAGCGAAGCAGGAUUUGUCGGUUCUGUACAGGAAGUGAAUCCUCCAGGUGCUUCGGGAUUUCGGGUUUUCUGAAGGAAAAAGGCGAAGAAAGAAGCAAACGAGUUGUGAUGUGUGAAAAAUAAAAAGUUUUUGUCUCAAUUUUGACCGUUUGUGUUAAAAGAGGAUCCUCCGGUAGAUUCCCGAAAAGGGUUUCCAGUCUGUGAGCUGGGGAAAAACGGCCAUUAAAAAGUUAUAUCCGUGCGGGAGGUGUGUAAGCGAAGAAAUUGAUGCCCUUUUUGGGGGGAGUGUAUUCUGAAUCAUUGGUUCGAAACCUAAUUGAGAAGCAUUAAGUGUUGAAUCCUUCCCUCAUUCGGAACAAGCAGGAAGUGAAUCCGGAGAAUCCCUCAAUAAAAGAAGAAUCAGUUCGCCUCUUUGAAGAGUGUUGGAGUGCUGACAGAUGUGCUAAACUGUCCCCCCCCCCCAAAAGUGAAACCUCCAGAACUCUCUCUCUUCCCCUUGUUUCCCAAUUCCUGGAAAUUGCACCUCUGCAAAUUCGCAAAAAAAAGGAACGAACAAAUUUUAUCUUCCAUUUUUCCAACAUCACCAUCAUCCAGAGGAGGCCAACAGAGGCAGAAGCAGAAUAGGAGAACCUGGCUGCACUCACACAGUCACACACACAGCCAAUCUUCCAGACCCGCGACCAGAAGGGCGAAAAUUGCAUCCAGUCUUCUGUUGCAGGGUAGAGCCGAUUCAUACACAAAGGGAUUUCGAAGGGAGCUCUCAGUGCGCUUCCAACGUGUGUCAAUUGUGAACCGAACCAGCAGAAACAAAAAAAGGAGCAAAAAUCCUCCCUCAACUCGGAACUCGACACGAAAACAGAGGUGCUAAAUACAACAAUCCGGCCUCCGCCCUGCCGAUUCUACCGUGAAGAGUAUCGCUCUCACGAUUCACGAUUCUCUCGUGUUGAGCUGCAAAAAGGUGGUCUCUCGGUUCUCUAGGAGGACAACAACGACUAUCCCUAUCCAGCUAGUAAAAACAACAACAAUCGGAGAGAUAUCCUCGUAAUUUUCCGAGAGAAUCCUAUCCUGUCAAAACCGAAAUCGAAUUGGGCCCCCCAACCACUGGCCCCACAGCGUAGAAUCGGGUUCAGGAAAUUGUGUGUUCCGAAAUCAAACAAUCAAAGUGUGACAAUAGAAGAAGAAGGGCGUGUGUGAGGAGGGGGGAAGAAGAGCCCGAGUGCCCAAUUUGGAAAACGACUUCGAACGGUGUGUGCUGUUUUGGGAAAAAAUAUUGUCGCGUACAAAGUGCUGGUCUUUGGUUUGGCACAUACGGAAGCAGCAAUAACACACAGACAGACACAGACGGUUCUGUGUUUUCGGAACACGGCGACGCUACUGCUGCUGCGAUACGAGAAUGAUGUGCGAACAAAGCAUAAUCGGAGCCCGCGCUUCGGUGAUGGUGUACGACGAUGGCCAAAAGAAGUGGAUUCCAUCGGGCAGUUCUUCCGGGCUGAGCAAGGUGCAGAUCUUUCACCACCAGCAGAACAACACAUUCCGGGUAGUGGGUCGCAAGCUGCAGGACCACGAAGUCGUCAUAAACUGUUCCAUCAUCAAAGGCCUCAAGUACAACCAGGCAACGGCCACGUUCCACCAAUGGCGAGACUCCAAGUUCGUGUAUGGGCUGAAUUUUUCCAGCCAACAGGACGCGGAAGCGUUCGCCAGAGCCAUGAUGCACGCACUGGAGGUCCUAAGUGGUCGCAUCCCACCGCCAACCAUGCAGACCAACCCCAAUCAAAACCCACUGGCCUACGAGGAGGACAUGGGUUAUCGCACAAUGACCCGCGAGGAUGCCGCCAUAAUGCAACAACAGCAACAGCUGACCAGCAACGGUCCUCAGCAGCAGCCCCAGCAACAACAACAGCAGCAGGUGCCACAGCCCCCCGUUGGUCCUCCGGGUGGGGUUGGAAUUCUGUCGCCUCAGACGCCAACCUCGCAGGGUAUACCACCGGGAGGGCCAGGUGGAAUGGGUGGAAUUUUGCCCAGUGCUGGUCAGAUGAAUCAGGUGCCACCGCAGCAACAACAGCAGCAGCAACAGCAACAACAACAGCAGACUCAUCAUCGUACUAGCAGUGCCCCGCAACCGCCAGCUUUACCGCCCCAGCAGCAGAAACCAAUCUAUGCAUCACAGCAAAGUAACUCCAGCACCAACAGUAUUACCUAUGGAAGCAACUCGCCACAGUAUCAGCAGCCAAUCUACGUAGCAUCGAACCAGCAGAACCAGCUGAUGAACCAGAUGGCCUCGCAAAUCCCGGCGCCACCGAUGCCGAACGGGGCGAUCUACGCCACGGCAACCUGCUCGCCAAACACCAGCAACAGCACGAACCCGAUCUACGCCGGCCAGCAGAUGAUGCUUCCGCCGGGACAGCCUACCAACUAUGGACAAACGAAUGGCACGUCGUACAACGCACAGCCACAGUACGGUAUUCCACCGGUUCCACAGAUGCCAAUACCACAGAUGCAACAGCAGCAACCCACGCCUCAGAUACAGCAAGUGAACGCCCCACCGCAAGCACCGCCACCACCGAUGCCACCGGCCUUUUCACUUGCCGCGCCAUCUAAUGUUCCACAGCCGCCGGCCCCACCUUUACCACCGGCCAGCGGCGGAGGAGGAGGAGGUGCCGCCCCUCCACCUCCGCCGCCGCCGCCCGGCUCCAAUCUGCUCGGAGGCAAGGGAACCGACGCCGGAAUCAACUCGCUGGCCCUGCAGCUGGCCACCGCCAAACUGAAGCGAAGUCAACCACCCAAGUCGGCCCCGGCGCCACCCGUUUCGACCACCGUCACGGAAAACAGCGGCAGCAGCACCUCUAGUGGAGGUAGUGGUAAUUAUGGAACUAUAGAUUUGCACAGAAGACGAUCAUCCUCCGGAAUGGCCUCGAUGAUGGACGAGAUGGCAAAAACGUUAGCCCGACGGCGAGCACAAGCUGAAAAGAAGGAGCCGGACUCCACCGAAGACGGCCCAGCGAAUGGUCGCCAGCGGGCGUGGGAAAAAUCCAGCACCUUGCCGCACAAACUGGGCAGCAGUCAGAACAACGCCAACAGCAACAACACCAGUUUCAGCGGAUCGGAGUCCCCGAAACCGUCGCGGAAACGGUUCGGCAGUGCCAGCGAAGAAACGAUACUCAAGCAAAUCAACGGCGACAGCUUCUCGCUGCCCAGCGCAAUGGAGCUGGAAAACUUCAAGGAGGAAAUCCUGCGGGAGAUGCGGAACGAGAUUGCGAAAGCGAAACAGGAAAUCAUCGAAGCGAUCAAAUCGGAAUUCAACCGGAGGUAAAAGACGGGCUGUGGGCAAACCGCGAGCGCAGCAGCACCAAGGCUGGAUAGUGAAAUUGUAAUUGUCUGUAGUAGUUUUUACGAGUCGUGCGACGGGAGAGGGCGGGGCCAAAGCGCGCCUUCCUCCGGGUGGGUAUUUAUUUAAGUGUAGUAACGGGCGGACACCGAUUUGCGACGGCGGUGCGGUUAAAACGGGGUGCGGGUUUUCCCCAUCGAAGUUUUUUUUUUCGAGAUCUCUCGCGAAACGGGGAUGUUAGGUCGUGUUUUUUUAUAUAGAGAAGAAAAGCCUGCCAUAAUAAGUACGCUGUAUAAUGCGUACGCUCUCUGAUCAGGCGCUGGACAGUGAAGGGGGUUCUCUUUUGAUGUUUCGGAGGUUCUUAUCCGGAGACUCGCAACGGCACGACGGUUCUUGGGGGAAGGUCGUCGUCGUCUUGUGUACUGAAGAUUCGAUACGUGCGGUGCAUGGCGAUUGCAGCGCGAAAUAAAAGCGGGGCUAUAUAUAUGUUAAAUAUAUACAUAUACAUAUGAAACUAAUUCACACAAUUGAAAAAUUAUACAACUAAUCUAAAGAAAACAAAAACUGAAGGAAACUAAUAACCGAACACUUACUGGAACGGUAAACUGCAAUUUAGAG